AUGCGCUUGCCAAUCUCCGUGCUAACUUUGGCAAUAUGCGUUCGCGGUAAGCCGCUGCCAGCGUACUUCAAGGUCCCCUUCACAGAGGCUUUGGACCUGGUUGCUACUCGACGAGUGUAUAUUGAGGCCGGUACAGCUUAUGUGCCGUUUGAGCACGUCGUGUCCAUCCUGUUUGCUGCUUUCCGAGCCAAUCUAUCAAAAGAGUUAUCGGGAGCUUUCCGCAAGUACAAUCGCUCAUUGAUAAGCAAGGACGAGCGCCUUGCGCCUGUGCUGUCGAACCUCGCUAAGCACCACAUCGACGCCGACUACUCUUCGACUCCUGUGCCUGGAUCGGAGAAUGCUAUUAGACCGGAUAUGAUCGACGGUCUUGCCGCCACAUCCAUGCCGCUUUGCAUGCGUUCACUACACAAGGGACUGAAGCUCAACCACCACCUCAAAUUCGCAGGACGUCAGCAGUACGGACUCUUCCUCAAGGGGAUUGGACUUCAGCUGGACGAUGCUAUCGCGUACUGGAAGCAGGAGUUCUGCAAGAAGAUGUCGGUCGAUGAUUUCAACAAGAAAUACGCCUACAACAUCCGUCACAACUACGGUAAAGAGGGUAAGCGCAAGGACUAUGCGCCUUCUAAUUGCAUGCGCAUCAUCACUGGCGACCCACCCAAGAACGGCGAGUAUCAUGGUUGUCCAUUCCGUCAUUUCGAGCAGGAACAUCUUCGUAAGGCACUGCAAGGAGUAUCAGAAGGAGACAAGCAGGAGAUCCUGUCGCUCGCAGAGAACCACCACUACCAGAUCGCAUGCAAAAAGUACUUUGAAGCUACUCAUCCCGGCAGCGAUCCCGACGUCCUCAUCAACCACCCGAACGGAUACUUUGAAGAGAGCCGCAAGUACUAUGCCGCAAAGGAGAAGGGCGUCAUUGUCACUGCUAAUUAG